CCUUGCGGGACACCUGUGCUGCUGGAUUCCCUCUUUUGGGGCUUUGUUGAACAGUAUUAGAAAAAUAAAUUCACACCCAGUUUUUGGGUUAUGUGGACGAGCAGCGGAGAUCAGUAAAACUGGGAUGUAAACGCAGAAAAAGCGGCCAAAUCUGCUUCGAUUGGACUGUGGCGAAGCCGUCGGCGGCACCACCAGUAGCACCAGCACCAGCAUUGGUCGGUCGGCGGAUGGAGAUGCGUUGUGAAGGCGGAGGGAUGAUGAUGAUGAUGAUGAUAUAGCAGGUUGCUGCAGGGUCGUGCCGCAUUGCCUGGCCGCCGCGAGCGACGCCGGGGAGUCGGUGAUGCUGUCGUCGUCAUUGUGCCACAGAAAGAGAGAAAAAGAGAGGAGAGGCUCUGACAUGGAGGGAAGCGGCUGUCUGUCGACUCCGAGCUCAGGCCGCCCGGAUCAGCAGGUUGGAUGUACCGCCUGAAGGCUGGAGGACCUGAUUCAUGAUAUACAUGGUGGGAAAUUGUGAUAAAGUUGAAUUCUUUGUGGUGGAACUGAAUUUUUUCUGUGCGCAAAAAGUGAAUGGCCCAUAUGUUGAUUAUGCAUCACAGGAGCAUCAUAGCAGCUGCGUGUGUGCCAGUUCAGGGUGGAUUACGUCUACAGAGCAGCAGGCCUCCAUCUGAAGUCAGCUACUGAUCAGGAAAGCGUGAAGAAAACACUUCAGCAUACUUUCUUACCCUGUUGCUGCUCGGGGGGUAACCAUUUGUACUGGUGUUUCAUUGGAAGCUGGUGUGGUGUGAUCCCCCGUGGAGGGACAGCUGUUGCAAAAGAUGACUCACUUACAGGCUGGUUUGUCUCCAGAGACACUGGAGAAGGCCAAGGUAGAGCUGAAAGAAAACCCUGAGACUUUACACCAGGACAUCCAGGAGGUCAGGGACAUGAUCAUCACCAGACCGGACAUCGGGUUCCUCAGGACAGACGAUGCGUUUAUCCUCAGAUUCCUCCGAGCCAGGAAAUUCAAUCACUUCGAGGCGUUCCGGCUGCUGGCACAGUAUUUUGAGUACAGACAGCAAAACCUGGACAUGUUCAAGAACUUGAAAGCAACUGACCCGGGCAUUAAGCAGGCCCUGAAGGAUGGUUUCCCUGGCGUGCUCUCCAAUCUGGACAGAUAUGGCAGGAAAAUAUUGGUCCUGUUCGCUGCCAACUGGGACCAGAGCAGAUACACGUUUGUGGACAUACUGAGGGCUAUCUUGCUGUCAUUGGAAUCUAUGAUAGAAGAUCCCGAGCUACAAGUCAACGGCUUCAUCCUCAUCAUUGACUGGAGUAACUUCACCUUCAAGCAGGCGUCCAAACUGACUCCCAGCAUGCUGCGGCUGGCUAUCGAGGGACUGCAGGACAGUUUUCCUGCCAGAUUUGGAGGGAUCCACUUUGUGAACCAGCCCUGGUACAUUCACGCUCUCUACACCGUCAUCCGACCCUUUCUUAAAGACAAGACAAGGAAGAGGAUCUUCAUGCAUGGUAACAACCUAAACAGCCUCCAUCAGCUCAUCCACCCAGAGAUCUUGCCAUCGGAGCUUGGUGGGAUGAUGCCACCCUACGAUAUGGGGACAUGGGCUCGAACACUGCUGGACCACGCAUAUGACGAGGAGACUGACUACUGUCCAGAGUCCUACACCCUAUCAGUACAAGACCUGGAGAGAGACCUGGAGAAAAACCUUUCCCCAAAGACCAUGAAGAGGUCUCAGUCGGUGGUGGAACCGGGAGUCCUGAAGCGACCAGACAAAGUCAAGAGCGAAGAAGACAACAUGCAGCCGCUGCUUUCGCUGGACUAAAUCGUGCAGUAACAGCUCAAAAGCAUACUCGAAUCAAUAUUUACACACACAAAUACACUGACUUACUGUGCACAAGCAACACGCGCCCUGAAAAACACCUUCCUCCAGGAAAUGCUGCUGCUGCUGUUGGAUUCACGUUUUUCUCCAAGUCAUGGAAAAGCAAGCAGCAAGAGAUGAGAAGGACGUUUCCUCAGACUUAAGGGCAUCCUAAGAGCUACUGAUGGUGUUCUAUAUAUUUAUUUAUUUAGUUAUUUGUCAAGUGCCAAUUCCAGAAACUGUAAAUUAACGUCUUUAAACAAUCCAGUAUGG